AUAAGUAAAUAAAUUAAAAACUGUACAAUCAUUAAAAACCGUAAAUUAAACUUAAAUUAUUAGGGAUAAUAUUGUAACUAACUAAGCACAUAAGUAAAGCAAUAAUCAAGUGUAUUUACAAUAUUUACAACAUUAUCUAGACCUAAAUUAAUCCCUAUUAUUGUGUAAAUUCCAGGUCUGCGACACCUGUCUUCCAAUAUGACCGAUAAGGAUCUAAGAAAGCGCAGAGGCAGUUAUAAAGGGAGAUUAACGGUAUUUGGUAACUUUUUAUCCUCUUUAAAACUUUCUGAACUAACACCAUGUCAGGCAAUGGAAUUGCAAUUGCGUACCGAAAAAUUAGAAAACUUAUAUACUGAAUUUGAUAGUGUACAACAAGAGUUAGAGUUAAUCUCAGAAACACCUGAAAUUGAGGCAACCGAAAGAACUAAUGUCGAGACGCAAUAUUUUUCACUGUUGGCUAAAGCUAAAUUUAUGCUCAAUUUAUUUGCUAAAUCACAAGACGACUGUGAAUCAAAAUUAAGUCAUAGUUCGGUAAGUAAUCAGAUAGUCAAGUUGCCCACAAUUCAACUGCCAAAAUUCACUGGAUUGUAUGACAAUUGGUUGGAAUUUCGCGAUACCUUUUCGAGUCUCAUCCACAACAAUGAUAACAUUGAUGAAAUUAACAAAUUUCACUACCUUAGAUCGUCUUUGGAAGGGUCAGCUGCUGUUGUAAUCCAGGCCAUUGAAUUUUCUGCACAAAAUUAUAAAAUUGCAUGGGAUCUCUUAUGUGAGCGAUUUGAUAAUAAGAGAUUAUUAAUUCAAAACCACGUCACAGCACUUUUUAAUCUUGAACAAAUCACACAGGAGUCCUCAUCUUCACUGAAACGCAUGAUUGACUCAGUAAAUAAAAACAUUCGAGCACUAAGUUCACUAGGAGAGCCUGUUGACAGUUGGGACACGUUACUGAUUCAUAUUAUUAGUCAAAAAUUGGAUACUAAAUCUUUCCGCGAGUGGGAAGAAUGCAAGGGACGCUUCGAUAAAAAUGCACCAAUCUUAUUUAGUCAAUUUAAGGAUUUUUUGCGCAAUAGGGCUGAUUUAAUCGAAACGCUAGAAUUAUCACACAAUAUUACUUUACGCCGAGGUUCCACAAACACUCAGUCUAAUAAAAACAACACAAAACUUAAAGCAAUGGUGUCACUAGAUAAUACAAACACUAGCUCAUCGUCACAAAGUUGUCCUAGAUGUAAUGGCGAUCAUAAUCUAAAUACUUGUCCACAGUUUUUGGCCCUGAGCAUCACUGAAAGAUUAUCCGCAUUACCAAAUUAUAAGGUAUGUUUUAACUGCUUCCGACGCGGUCACUAUGCCACUACUUGCAGGAAAUCGUGCUGUAAAAUUUGUAAACGCAAGCAUCAUACGCUAAUUCAUUGCACCGAUUUCAAACAAAAGACGUCGAGCGACAACACAGCUGAUCGUAGGAAUGCACGCGAUAACUGCAAGGACGAGUCGAUACCUACGACUAACGGUAACUCGGGCGUUACGCUGGCGGCGAAUAUCUCCGCGCAUUCAAAUACAUGCACCUCGACCGACGUCCUGUUGUCAACUGCUUUAGUGAAAUGUUACGAUUCACAUAAUAAGGAAUACGUCGCACGCGCACUCCUCGAUUCCGGCAGCUCGUCGUGUUUAAUGACCGAGAAAUUAUGCAAACAACUUAACUUGCCAAUUGCUAAGGUGGAUAGAUCGAUUUACGGCAUAAAUAACUCAUUAACUCAUAUAGGUAAAAUGUGCAGCGUUCAUAUUAAAUCAUUAUCAGAGUCCUAUUCAUGCGAAUUAAAAUGUUUUGUGCUCCCAAACAUAACGGAUAACGUCCCAGCUAGACAGAUAAAUCUACGAAACAUAAGUAUACCUACAGACGUACAUUUAGCUGAUCCUAAUUUUCAUACUCCCGCUGAGAUUGACUUGAUUAUAGGCGCGGAUCUGUUUUGGUGUUUAUUAGGAUCACGAAAAAUUAGUUUAGGUACUAACAAACCAAUUCUUUAUGAGACCAGACUCGGCUGGCUGGUUUCUGGCCCAAUUAACGGCGGCUAUAUGAUGGACAGAUCAGAUCCUGUUAUGUGUAAUUUUACCAAAGUCGACAGCUAUCAAAGUUCUUCUGAUUUAUGCAUUUUAGAUGACAUUCAAAACCAAUUAACGCGUUUUUGGCAACUCGAGGAGGUCAGCCGUCAGUCAUCAAGUUAUUCUAUCGAAGAACAGAAUUGUGAAGAUCAUUUUGUCAAAAAUAUGACUCGCUUAGAGGAUGGCCGUUUUUGUGUUAAAAUACCUCUAAAGAAUUCUCCUGAGGUUUUAGGCGACUCAUUACAAAGAGCAAAACGCUGUUUUUUAUCUAUGGAACGCAGAAAUAUGUCCCAGCCACCUCUUGACAAAAUGUACAAGGAAUUUAUGUCAGAGUACAUAUCUUUAGGCCACAUGUCUGAGUCUAUAAUUGAUAAAAAUAAGAUUAAUUAUUUUUUACCUCAUCACGGCGUAUUGAGAGAACACAGUUUAACUACCAAGCUACGCGUAGUAUUUAAUGCCAGUGCGCCUACUACUUCCGGUAUGUCCCUAAAUAACUUACAGAUGGUAGGACCAACCGUGCAAGACGAUUUACUGUCAAUUUUAAUCAGGUUUAGAAUGUACAGAUACGUAUUAUCAGCUGACGUGGAGAAAAUGUACCGACAGGUAUCUGUACAUCCCUCUGACAGACACUUGCAGCAAAUCAUCUGGCGUGAUGCUAUGUCAAGUCCACUUAAGGUGUAUGAGUUAAACACCGUCAGUUAUGGCACAGCGAGUGCCCCGUUUCUGGCAACAAGAUGCCUGAAACAAAUCGGCAUUGAAUGUAGUGACAAAGAUAUCUCUGAGGUUAUUAUUCAUGACUUUUACGUAGAUGACCUGCUGACUGGCGCUGACCAAAUCAACCAGGCCCUUUCAAUCCGCAAUAAGGUUACUCAAGCUCUUGCUUCUGCUUGCAUGCCAUUGAGGAAGUGGAGGUCUAAUGAGCCAGCCUUGUUGUUUGAUAACCAAAGUCAGUCACCCUUCAACUUAAACAUUGAAGAUUCCGACGUUCUUAAGACUUUGGGUUUAAAUUGGCAAACGCAAUCGGAUGAAUUAUGCUUUCCAAUAAAUAUUCCUUCCCCAACUAACAACACAAAGCGGGAAAUGCUUGCUAUUAUUGCACGGGUUUUUGACCCUCUAGGAUUGUUAGCUCCGUGUGUCAUCAAAUUGAAAAUCAUGCUGCAAACACUAUGGCUUAAAAAGGUAACUUGGGAUGAGCCACUGCCAGCUGAUAUUUUAACAACAUGGGCUUCACUGAUAAAAUCCUUUCCAACACUAAGCAAUUUACNUACUUGGUGA